UGGCAAACACAAGUAAUCCUACUUGGCAUGUCACAAAAGCCCACCUUCUUUCCUUGCUGUAUUUCUUCCUCUUUUAUUCACCACAUAUUCUUCACAUUCCAAGAUCUUCUCUCUGUGCCCAUUGCCCUGCGCCCACCAUCACUUCCAGUUCAAAUCAUUUUUAGUGGUUUUAUUCAGCUUGGAGGGGGUCUUCUUCUUCUUCUUCUUUGACUUGUUCUCACUCUCUUCUGUUACCCAUUCUGGAAGUUUGGAAAUGGUUGCUGAAGCUCUUGAUCUGACUGAAGGCACCAGUCUCGAUGCAUCUUUGGGUGUGAGACCCCACUUGGAAAGUGCAGCAUCUCAAACUGCAGACUUGACUGGCUUAGGAAAUGGCUACGCACCUAAGGUGCGGAAGCCUUAUACUAUUAAAAAGCAACGAGAAAAGUGGACAGAGGAAGAACACCAGAGGUUUCUUGAAGCUUUGAAGCUAUAUGGUCGUGGUUGGCGCCAAAUAGAAGAACAUGUAGGCACUAAAACUGCCAUUCAGAUUCGUAGUCAUGCCCAGAAGUUCUUUGCCAAGGUUGCACGGGACUCUAAUGAUGGUGGGGGAACCGUUGAUCCAAUUGAUAUCCCUCCUCCUCGACCAAAGAAGAAACCUAUGCAUCCUUACCCACGCAAAGUGGCAGACUCUUCUAAAACAUCGUUGGUUGAUUCACAACUCUGCGAACAGUCUACCAACCCUAAAUCUGACGAAGAAAGGAACAUGUCACCAACUUCUGUUCUGUCUGCAAUUGAAUCAGAUACAUGUGGAUCUCCAGUUUCUGGGUUGCAGAGAUCUCGCCUUUCACCUGUCUCAUUUUCCAGUGAUGAUGCACACUCUGCUAACAGACGUUCCAUGGAAAAUGAGAAUGAGAAUGAAUGCAUAGCAUCUAAUUCUUGUGCUGAAGAAUCAAGGGAAUAUCUUUACUCAACUGCCACAGCAGCAGAUGAUAAAUCUAUUAUGGUAUACAUCAAGUCUACCUCACUGUUGAUUGUCCAUUAUAUUUUCACUUCCAUCCUCAGUGAUUUAGUUGCCUUUCUCAGUCAUUUUGAUUUCUAUUUAACACAUAUGCAGGAACCUGAUCUGCUGACUUUAGGUAGAUCAUGUCCUGGGGAAGAAUCAGCCAUUGCAGCUCCUACUGUGACUAUUAAGCUGUUUGGAAAGACAGUAGAGGUAAAAGAAAACCAAAAGUCAGCUUCAUCUGUUCCUGAGACUUAUGGAACAUCACCUUCUAACAAUAGCAAAGGGAUAUCGGAUGUCAGUAAUAGCCAGCAGGCACCUGGUACUAUUUUUUCAUUGGUUCCCGGUGGCAUUACUCCACUGGCUUGCUUGGUACCACAAUAUGCAUUAAGUGAGGCAUGUGGCCAAGUGGGUGUACCCUUGUGGACUUGGGUACAAGGUCCAGUUGUGCCAACUCUUUCCUUGAGCCACCAAACAGCUUCAGAAACUGUUGUAGAUUCUCCAUACAAGGGACAUGUUGAAUUUAAAGAGCCCCAAAGGGAAGGUUCUUCAACUGGUUCAAAUAGCAGCUCAACUGCUAAUGGUGCUAAUGUGCACCAAAGCAUUGUUGUUGAUUCUAAAACUCUCUCUUGGACGGGUAAACACAGGUCGGCGAAAGGGUUUGUGCCUUACAAAAGAUGUUUAGCCCAGAGAGAUGCUACAUCAUCGAUAGUGGCUGCUGAAGAGCGCGAGGGACAAAGAACUCGUGUUUGCUCAUAGCACUGACGUUGAAUUGAGUGGAGAGCUGACACAUUUCUCUUAACUCGUCUAAAUUAAGGUAAUAAGCUUAACUAGAGUGAUGCACAGAGGUUUUAACAAUUUUGGCCAUUAUCAAUAGGAAACCUGUUGGUAGAUCCCUUAUGCAUGGAUGGAGAACAAGUCUGCGAUCGAUGCAUCAUUUUAAAGGGUAUCUGCAUCUGGUUGGAAAUGGAGUUGAUUGAACUGAUGGAGAAAAAUGCAUUCAUUGGCCUCCUUAGGAAAAGUGUUUGUAACAUUGUUAGUUCUUGGUCUGUUUUGUUUCUUUUUGAAUGUUACUGCCUCAUUCUUAACUGUAAAAUCAGAAACUACCCCUACAAGAACAAUUGUAACUUCAUUUUUUUCAAUACAUACUUUUUGGUCAUCAUUUAUUGCACUGCAGUGUCUGUCAGAUCUGAUCUCUCAGCAUUGAUGAGAAUCAAAUCUCAGGCAAAACCCAAUCUAAAGCUUCCUAGUUUUUUCUGUUUGGGGAAAACACCUGAGUUUCAUUGGAACUCGAAGGAAUCUUCACUGAACAUUCUGCAACAUUGUUAAAUUAUUUAAUUAAAGAAAGAAGGGUGGGUUUGCGAUCAGCACAAAGCACAGUAAAUAAUAGCUACAUAUGGAUAGCAGACGCAGUUAAAUUAUCCUAAGGAAAUCAGAAUAGGUUACUAGAGAAUUUGAUAUGGAUGCCAAUCAAAGAACUAAUUGUUAAAGUAAUGAAGCCUAGACAGUAGACAUGACCUUGAUACUUAACAUGUGAAUCUUGUGAAAUGGAAUGUAAGACUGUAGGAGAGUUUUCAUCAGCAAU